UCGGCAGCGUGCAGGGCGCAAUCAAACAACACAUUGAAGCUAGGCAAAUUCAAGCUGAAAGAAACUACAAUAAAUACGCGGUCAACGCGCCUGCAGCAGCAGCAGCAACAGCAAAAGCAGUGCAACAGCCACACCACCAACAAAUAAAAAAUCCUCCGCCACGCAUACAAAGCAGGCAAACAAGCAAUCAAUCUUGACGUGCGAGCAAGCUGAGUAGUGAGUAGAAACCACUUUUGAGUACAAAAGCAAUUGCGCUAUUCGCUCACACCGUUUUUGCCUGCAGCUGCAACAACGGCGACGGCUAUCAAGAAAAUUGAAAUUUUUCCUAUGCGUUGCGGAGCGUAAAAAACAGGUAUUAUAUGCAGCUAAACUCGAUGUAUAGAGAGAGAGAGAGAGAGAAGGAGAAUAGUUAAGAAGCAUUACAACGUGUCAAAGCAGAAGAAAAGUGCAUGCGAUUGCUGCAGAGAGUGUGUGCAUCUGGUAUGAGAGAGCAAUAGCGCGAAAAAGGCGAGAGCGCGCUGCGUGCAACGAGAGAGCGCAACAUACUACAACUGGAACUGUUUUUGGUUGCGCUGCAUUCGUAUUUGUAACGACCACGGGUGGUGUGGGUACACAGCAACUGCUGCAAUUACAACAACUAAAAAUAGUAACUAGUCUGGCUGGUUGCAGGCAAAAGGUGGUCACGCAAGACGUGUAACUAACUAACCAACGAAGAAACGAAAAAAGCGAACAAGCGGCCAGUCAGUCAACGAGGAAGUAGCGGCAAGACUACACUGGAAAGUUGAAAAGAACAAAAAGUACAAAAUAAAGCCAGUAAAAAGGCAGCUGUCGACUGAUACCGUGCACACAAGCACACGCGCGCGCGUUUGACAACAUUUUACACCUUUUUCUCCUGUCAUCAACGAAGUGCAAAAUAUACUGACGCUAAGCAGGCUGUCCUGCUGUAUGUCCGAUUGACCGAUUGAGCGCGCGAUAGCCAAGCUAAAACACGACGUCAAGGCAAUAGUUUCGGAAGCGCGCGCACGCAAGGAAUACGCGACAGUAGGGCGCGAAGAAAAUUCGUAUCCGCGCGGAGUGAACACAAAUACGAUUGAGUGAAGCGCAGGACCUCAUACACUUUUCCAAGCACAGCGCGGCACGGUAAAUUGCGUUUAGUUUUCAGUGACCAUCGCCGUAUUGUGCCGGGCGCAUACCCAAAUGCAAAUUUCAUACGAGUAUUAUUAUGGGCCGUUCCAAGUUUCCCGGGAAACCGUCCAAGUCGAUUAAUCGUAAGCGUAUCAGUGUAUUAAAAUUGGAUGAAGAAGCGGCGGCAGAACCUGAGGAUGAUCUAACAGCGGCGAGUGUUGACAGCGAUAAACGCGACAACUGUGAUGAUGAUGAUGAUGAUGAAAAGGGCGAUGGCAGUGGCACCGCAGGCGGUGAUGGUGUUGGAGAAAGCGGUGAAGCGGGAGGCACAAGUGAUGGCAGCGGUAGUGGUGGUGGCGUGCGCAAUGUAAACAGUGGCAGUGGUGCAAGCGGUGACAACGAGAUGGGGAGUGAUAAUAAUGCCAACGGCAAGGGCGCAAAAGCGGUGGGGGAUAGCGCUGCCAGCAGCAGUAAACUUGCCAGUGGCGCGAAAAGUGCUGAAACUGCACAAAGAGCAGCAGUCAGCAACAGCACCAGUACCAGCAAAUUCAAAAAUAGGAGCAGCAGCAGGGGCAAAAGUAGGCACAAGGAGGCUGAUACCACUGCUGCCAGCCACGGCGAUAUGGAUAAAAUAGUCGAAGUCGAAGUUGCACUUGAUGACAGCAAAAAGCAAGCAAGUGGCGCAAGUGUAGUUGCGGAUAAAGUGGAUGACAAAGCGCGUGCAACGAGGCAUAUGACAGCAACUGCUGCUGUUGACCAAGGAAAAGUUGUUGAUUGCGAUAAUGCAACGCAUAGUGCACAAAAGCAGCCCGUUGAUGUGGCGAUGGAAGUUGAAGAUGCUGAGGCUGAAGAGAAUGAAGGAGAUGAGUGUCAUAAUCCGCCGGGGAACGACCAUUCAGUUGUUCUAGACGGUGAAGGUGCUUGUGAUGAUGCUGAUGGCAAUGACGACGACGACGACGACGACGACGAGGACGAGGAGGACGAGGAUGACAAUGUUUCGUGUACUAGUCGGAAAUCGGUGCAAUCUGCUUGCUCAGCGACCUCUUCAAACGCCUCAUCAAUUGGCUCCGCCACCACAACAACAAUAGCAACUGCAGGGCCAGGAGCUAGGUCAGUGGCAACAGCAUUGGCAUUUAGCCGUAGCAAACGUGAUGGUAAAUUUAAAAACUUGAAUCUUGCCAAGCCUGAGGUGAUGUUGCCAUCAUCGGCGAGAUUAAGGCAACUGCAACAACAAAACCAACUUAAUUGCCCUUCUCCACCAGCUGCAACAGCAAGCGGCAACGGCAACAAACACGGUGGUGCAACUAAAUCGUCGACGACUACAUCUUCGGCCACGGCCACAAACACUUCGCGCUUCUCGAAUCCCUUCGCUGUCGAUGGUACGCUUUGUGCGGCUGACACUGACGAUGAGGCGUCGUCGUGUAUCAUGGCCGCUGAUGAGGUAAUAAAUGGCAGUGUUGGCGUUGCGAACGUUCACCAUGGCAAUGGAGGGUGCGGGAGCGGUGGUGGUGGUGGUGGUGGUGUUGCCGGUAGCGGUUGUGCUGACAAUGAUGGCGUUGCAAUGAUGAUUAUUAUAUGCAAUACAACUCUCUCUCUCUUUCUCUCUCGGUCGCUGCGCUUCCACCCAAACAAAGGUUCAGCUCCUGCCGCGUGCAGCGUUUGCAACACCCCCACACAUAGCAGCAAUCUGCAGCAACCACGAAAGUAUGGCGUACCUGCCUGCAGCGCUUGUCGCAAAUUUAUCUCGAAAAUCUCGAAAAAUAGCUCAAAUACAGCACUGAAAAGUCUACAACUGCAUUGCAAAGGAGAUGGCAACUGCACACUCCAGCCGUACACGAAAAUCCAUAUCAAAAAUUUCAAAAAAGUCUACAAAGAACGCUGUACAUCUUGUUGGCUGAAGAAAUGUCUACAAACGUUACAGGUACCGCCUGCAGAUAAACGACGUUUGAGUGCCGCGCUUCCGACAUCAUUGCUUAAGCAGAUUGAGGCGAAACGAGAGCGUGAUCCCGAAGAGGAGAGUGGUGAGCUACACGCGACACGCAAAGAGCUGGACUUGGCUGAUCUCUCUCCCACUGGACUCUUUGGCACCGCACGUUUCAAGUGGAAGCCUACUUUGGAAGUUGCGAAUGAAAGUUUGAAAUUGAACCUUAAAACCAAUCCGUUGGCAGAAAAUAAUGCCACGUUCGGCAGUUCGGUUAUUCUGAGGCCGCCUAUACUGGAAAAGCCGCUCUUCUUGAAAAGCCCAAUUGGGGCGGCAGCAGCAGCGCUGCAGCUAAAGGAGAAACACGAAAAUCCACAGAGCACAAAUAACAAGAACGAAGAUAAGAUGCAGGCGCAGUUGUCAUCACCUGAGAGUAGCACACAGCAGAGAGUGACCAAGAGUAAGCGCAGGGACAAGCACGACAAGGAGAAGGAACGUGACACAGAGAAGAAACGUCUCUCCAAAGAACGUGGCAGGGAGAAGGAACCUGAGGCAAGCAACGUAAAAGCGACCGCAAACAUCAAAAUGCAAGCUGCAUUAGCAACUGAGAGUACGACAAAUGCGCUAGCGAUCAACACUAAAGUUGAUACUAUUGAAAUAAAUAAAAGAGCCGCCAAGGCGGCGUCACUGUCCCCGGCGGCCAUAGCAGCCGCAGGUGGUGUCGCUGCAGACGUAGUGAGCAAUCUAGGGAGCACAACAACAACCGCUGGCACGUCCGGCGCAUCACCGGAACAAUCUCAAGUAAUAGCUGCAGCAACACCCUCAUCAAGCGACUCGCUAAAGCGUCAGCGCAUCGACAUAAAGGGGCCGCGUGUGAAACAUGUCUGCCGCAGCGCAUCAAUCGUUCUAGGCCAACCGUUGGCCACAUUCGGCGAAGAGGAGACAGAAGAGGAGGAAGCACUUGCCAUAGCAGAGGAUGUUAGGUCUAGCGCAGCAACAACGUCAGUAUCGAACAAGCCGGAAGAAAUAGUAAUUGAAAGUAGCAAUGAGGCAGCGCCAUCGCUGGCGCCAGCGCCAGAACAGCCGCAAGCUGUACAGCAAACAAAAGAAUCCAAGGCUACGCCGCAAGAUAAGAAGGAAGGGGAGACAAUCAGUGAAAAAGUUGAAGUUGCAGAGAAGCUUACGCAGCCUGCGCAGGCCAAGUGGACUUCUAUCACACUUCCGUCUACAAGCAUUGAAAAAGCCGCACCAGCAGCUGCCGAAAGUGUUGCACCAACGGCGCCCAAGGCAGCUAAAAUCGUCAACAGUACGCCUGCUGAAAAGAAGGAGGUGACCGCUGCGAUUGCGGCAGAAGUCGAACCGGUUGAGAAACCUUCGUUGCCGCUUCAGCCCGCUAAGGCGGUCACGCGCAAUUCCAACGCAAGCAACAUCAAUUUGCAAAUUCACCGCGGCACGUCCUCAACUUCCUCCUACGCUACAACAUUCGGCAAAAAACCAAUACGUCAAAUCAGCAGCGAUGCAAACACAGCAUAUCAGCAACAGCAGCAGCAACAACAACAACUGCUGCGACGCAAGGAGCCACAGAAACUGAGAACACUGAUCUCAAUUGACUUUUGGGAGAACUACGAUCCAGCCGAGGUGUGCCAAAGUGGCUUUGGCCUCAUUGUCACCGAGACGGUGGCACAACGCGCACUCUGCUUCCUUUGCGGCUCAGCAGGCCUAGAGCCUUUGAUUUUCUGCGCCUGUUGUUGUGAGCCAUAUCACCAGUAUUGCGUUAUGGAUGAGUACAAUUUGAAGCAUUCCUCACUGGACGACACAAUGCUCAGCUUCAUGGACAUUUCCACAAUGGGUCACAGCACUGCAGCGCCCACACCAGAACAAUUCAGCCAAAUAACAAAUCGUUUGAAUUGGCUGUGCCCGCGAUGUACUGUGUGUUACACGUGCAACAUGUCUUCGGGCUCAAAGGUGAAAUGCCAGAAGUGCCAGAAGAACUAUCACUCCACCUGUCUGGGUACAAGCAAGCGGCUGCUAGGCGCCGAUCGCCCGCUUAUUUGCGUGAAUUGUCUCAAAUGCAAGUCUUGCUCUACAACCAAGGUCUCGAAAUUCGUCGGCAACUUGCCCAUGUGCACACCUUGUUUCAAGCUGCGCAAGCGUGGCAACUACUGUCCGAUAUGUCAGAAGUGCUACGAUGACAACGACUUCGAUCUGAAGAUGAUGGAGUGUGGCAACUGCAAUCAUUGGGUGCACUCGAAGUGCGAGGGUCUCUCCGACGAACAGUACAAUCUGCUGAGCACUUUGCCGGAGUCAAUAGAAUUCAUUUGCAAGAAAUGCGCGCGUCGCAAUGAAGACUGCAAAAUGAAAGCGGUGGAGUGGCGUACUGCAGUGAUGGAGGAGUUCAAAAGCAGCCUAAUGAGCGUGCUCAAACNAAAUUCCAAGUCGCGGCAAGCGUGCGCGCUACUCAAACUCAGCCCACGUAAAAAAGUUCGCUGUGUUUGUGGCAACAGCACUGGGCAGAUGAACUGCCGUGCGCAGCCGAAGAGUCUACAAUUCAACAACGAGGCUGAGCGCGAUGCACUCGCAUUGAGCAGUGAUGUGGAAUCUCAGUGCAGCACCAGCGAUGUGUAUGAAUUCAAGGACAAGCCCAGUGAAGAGAAAAUGCCUGACAAGUGCACCUGCAUGGUGAAAAUGACGAGCUACAGCGGGUACGGCAAUGGUGGCGGUCAAGCGGCGAGUAAUCUCAGUCUAAUGGAUAUUAAAAAGAAAAUCAACAACAACGAUUAUGUUUCGCUUGCGGAAUUCAACUAUGACAUGAUCAAUGUGAUACAGAGUGUGAACUGUGAUGAACUAGUUAUUGCAUACAAUGAGAUUUUGAGUGAGCAAUUCCCUUGGUUCCAAAACGAGACGAAAGCAUGCACUGAUGCGCUCGAGGAGGACAUGUUCGAGUCAUGCUCCUAUUCCAUGGGUAACUCAAUGGACGCACAAGACGAUUUUGUAGAGGAAGAGCACAAUCGUACCGUCAUCGAUCUGCCUGAAGAUAUUGAGGAGGUGCUUUACUCGCUCAAGCCGCGCGAUGACCUGCGCACCUGUCUAUUCUGUCGCAAAUCCGGCGAAGGUUUGUUCAAUGAAGAAUCUCGAUUGCUGUACUGCGGGCACGAUUGCUGGGUGCACACGAAUUGUGCCAUGUGGUCGGCCGAAGUAUUCGAAGAAAUCGACGGCUCACUGCAGAACGUGCACAGCGCCAUUGCGCGCGGUCGCAUGAUAAAAUGCACAGUGUGUGGCGGUCGCGGGGCCACAGUUGGUUGCAAUGUGAAAUCUUGCGGCGAACAUUAUCACUACUCGUGCGCACGCAACAUUGCCUGUGCGUUUAUGACCGAUAAGUCUGUGUACUGCCCGGAUCAUGCGCGCCAAGCGCUCAGAAGCAACACGGCGCUAACGAUUGAGACGAAUUUCGAGGUGGCGCGUCCCGUCUACGUGGAGCUGGAUCGUAAGCGUAAGAAACUGCUGGAGCCAAGCAAGGUGCAGUUCCACAUUGGCUCACUUGAGGUGAAGCAGCUGGGCACUGUGUUUCCACGCUUUUCCGAUACCUAUGAGGCUAUUGUACCGAUUAACUUUCUCUGCUCGCGUCUGUACUGGUCGUUCAAAGAACCCUGGAAGGUCGUCGAGUAUACUGUGCGUACCACAGUACAGAAUAGCUUCUCAUCAUUGACACUCGAUGCGGGCCGCAACUUCACUGUAGACCAUAGCAAUCCCAAUGUUUCGAUAGUGCAGCUGGGAUUGGCACAAAUCUCUUGUUGGCACAGUAGCUUGGCUCGCGGUGAAUUGAUGGACUACGAGGCAGUUGAACUACGAAACUCUACGCUGACUAAGCUGCUACCGGAGUACUUAAUGCACAGCCAAAACUCUUGUUCCACGCCAGAUGAAAAUACCGAGGAGGAACCACAAACGAAUGCCGACUUGUUGCCGCCGGAGAUAAAGGAAGCCAUUUUUGAAGACCUACCACAUGAACUACUCGAUGGCAUUUCAAUGCUGGACAUAUUCCCCAAAUUCAUGAUCUACGAAGAGAUGGGCGGCAAUAGUGAAGGCAAGACAGCUGAAAUGUAUCUGAAUGAGCAAUCGAAAGAUGGCGUGGCUACAUCAUCUGUCGUAGCUGCUGCGCUGGCCGCCUCUAAUGCAGGCAACAGCGGAAAUUGCAGCGCCUCUAGCGUGCAGGUAUCCGACGAAGAUACAGCUAAUUCAUCGCUUAGUAAGCAGUUAGAACUGAGUAAUUCCUGCUCAUCAACUAACACGAACUUGGCUAUAGGUCAUGUGGAGGAUGCGCUGCUUUCGUGCUCACGCGUCACCAACUCCCAACUGCGACGCGCCAUGAGCAGCACCGAAUUGCAACGCAGCAAAGCCGAGAUGCUCAAAAAGACAUGGACAAAGUUUGAGAGCGUCAGCACGGCGGCUGCAGCGGCGGUAAUUAAAAAAAGGAAACUUUCCAAAGGUCCAUCGGAGCUACGUAUGGCAGAGAGUGUGUUGCACAGCCUGCACCAACAUCGCACAAAGAAAGACAAUGCCGUGGGCGCUUCACGCCGCCAAUCUAUCUCGAGUGAAUCGGAAAACGCCACCACGCUGCGCACAAAAACGUUCACAUGGAGCGCGGCGAAGCGCUAUAUAGAGCCGCACACAGUCGACGAGAAGGACGAAUCGAAAAUCAAGCUCAUGCAAGUGGAUGGCGUUGACGACUCAAUCACAGAGUACCGUAUUAUCACCAGCGACGCACAGUUUACAGGCACGGUGAAAUGCGAACGUUGCCAUUGCACCUACCGCAACUACGAGUCCUUUCAACGUCACCUUGCCACCUGCGAACCGCUCUCAACUAGCGAAUCCGAGUCUGAUGGCACGUCCCGCUCGCCGGGUUCAGCGACAAACGGCAGUCCACCGCUGGGCGGCUUGGAUGCCAACAUCGAUUUGAGUAAGUUGGGCCAGACGCAGCGCACAGCCACACUUACCAGCACCGCCAACAGUUUGCCCUUCCUUCAAGCCUUCUCGCACGCCAUACCACUUGGAAGCAUACAAGCCAACUUUAAUGGCAUACCUAUUGCGAAUAUGUCUAACGGUUUUCAGAGCGUGCAAGGUCUGCAGAACAUACAGAACAUACAGGGCCUACAAAACAUACCAGGCUUACAGAAUAUACAGCUGCAAGGUUUGCAGACACCGCAGGCACUUGGCGGCGGUUUCUUCAUUUCGCAGGCGAAUCCAACCACUUCAACCACCGACGAAGUACAGCUGUUGAACUCACUGCAGGGAUUGACAGCGAAUUUGAAUGGCACCUACACGUUGGCGCCCACCGGAUUUGGCACCACCACUGUACAAGCAGCUCAACAACAACCACAACUAAUUGCAGUCUCUACAUCGCCUGAUGGGACACAGCAAAUCAUACAACUACCCUCGGGUGUUACAACGCAGCCAAUGGCCAAUCAGCAACUAUUGCAAGGACUCAACGCUUUCCAGACCCUGCAAGCCACAAAUAGUGAUAAGAAAAUUAUAUUGCCUGUGGCUACAACCGGCAAGCCUUUGAAAACUGUUGCCACCAAGGCCGCGCAGCAGGCGGCCAAGAAUAAGUUGAAAGCUGGCAGUGCCACGGUAAAGCCCAUACAAUCAAAAAUCAACGCCGCCACAGUAACAGUGUCACAGCCCUCAAUGCAUGCUGCACAACAACCGCCACCUACACCGAUAACUGUGCUCAAUACAGGUGGUAACGGUACACAAUUGCUCAACCAGAAUUUGUUACAACAAAUGCAAGCCGCCGGCUUGGCUACCACCACCACGCAACAGCCACAGCUGCUCUUCCAAACCGCCAACGGCCAGCAGCAGCCGAUCGUCAUGCAGCAGCUGAGUGCACCUAAUGCCACAGUGCCGCAAAAUAUAAUCUCGUUCGUGACCACUGAUGGUACACAAACACCACAGGUGCAAUACAUGACCAUACCUACGGCCAAUGACUAUAAGCCACAAACGCAGGCGACGCCAUUUAUCACUGCAACUCCAGCGCCGGCAAAUCAAUAUCUACAGGGUGCUUUUCUACAAACCGACGCUAGUGGUAAUCUGAUGCUCACCACAACGCAAACACCCACCGGCUUGCAAAUGCUUUCAGCCACACCUUUGAACAUAGCGACCGCGACGCAGGCGCCGCCACAACCGCAAGUAAUUGGGACGCUCAUUAAUCCGCAAACCUUGCAGUUGGGCGGUAAUGUUAUAGCGACCACAACGGACCCACAACAGCAACAGCAAGUGAUAAUUGGUGGCGGUGCCACGGGAUUGGAAAUGAUUGCUGCAGCAAAUGCGGGCGCCCCACAAGUCAUACUCUCCACACAGCCAAUGUACUAUGGACUGGAGACGAUAGUGCAAAAUACAGUGAUGUCUUCGCAGCAAUUUGUCUCCACAGGCAUGCUGAGUCAAAAUGCCAGCUUCUCGGCGACCACAACGCAGGUAUUCCAGGCAAGCAAAAUCGAACCCAUUGUGGACAUACCAUCCGGUUAUGUAGUGCUUAAUAACGUCGAUACGACUCCCGCAAUAGUGCAACAACAACCAGCAACUUCGCAACAGCCGAAUUUCCUAAAUGCGUCUACAGUAUUACAACAAACCCAACAGCAACCUGUACAUGCCAGCGGACUGCAGAAUAACGAGCAACAGCCAAUUUUCCGACUGCAAGCAGUUGAUAACAACAGCAGCAACGUUUCAGCUACAGUGACUGCAGCUACAGUUACGCCAACUGUGACGGCAUCAAGUUUCCAUUCCAGCCGCAACCGCNUAAGCGGCAUGACGGGCGCCGGCCCCAAAAUGGCCGCCGAUGCAGUUAAAUAUCAAAAUGGUUUGGCCAACAAUUACUCAGGCGUAACAGCGGAAGAGACGGCCGCUGUUGCAGCAGCUGCCUCAGAAUACAUUACACAAAUGGCCGCCAAGAUGAGCGCGCAAAUGCCGAGUGGCUCGUUGGAGGUGAUAGGCACAAACUUCGAUUUGCAAAAGCUCGCACCAAAGUUAACGCCGCAAGUAACUUUAGACGCGCAUGCGUCACAUCCAGCGUCGCAGCAAUGCGAAGAGGCAGCAGCGCGCACCAGCGUACACGCCGCACGCAUGCAGGAUCCUCUGCUGGCGACACGUAAACCCACGCCACCACCACCGCCGCCACCGCAACGCGAUCCAAAGAAGAUAAGCGGCCCACAUCUGCUGUACGAGAUUCAAAGCGAGGAUGGUUUCACCUACAAAUCUACCUCAAUCGCAGAUAUUUGGGAGAAAGUUUUCGAAGCAGUGCAGGUCGCGCGGCGCGCACAUGGUUUAUCACCGCUGCCCGAGGGUCCACUCGCCGAUAUGGCCGGCGUUCAAAUGAUGGGUCUAAAGACGAACGCGCUCAAGUACUUAAUCGAACAGUUGCCUGGUGUGGAGCGUUGCUCCAAAUAUACGCCGAAGUACCAUAAACGCGCAGCGGCAAGCGCGCACGCAGCGGCCACUACAGGGGCUCCAUCGUCAGCAACCAAUAGCGCUGCAAUGGCGAGCGCGCAGCUUGCCGGUGGCAGUGGUAUUGACCUAAAUGCGACACUGGAUUAUGCCUCUGAUCAGGAUGAGCUACAGGAGAAUCCGUACGAAUCGGCGCGCUGUGAACCGUAUGCGACGCGCUCCGAAUACGAUAUGUUCAGCUGGCUGGCAUCAAGGCAUCGUAAACAACCGAUACAAGUGUUUGUGCAGCCUUCCGACACGGAGUUGAUACCGAGGCGCGGCACUGGCAGCAAUCUACCAAUGGCCAUGAAAUAUCGCACACUGAAGGAAACUUACAAAGAUUAUGUGGGCGUUUUCCGCUCACACAUCCACGGACGUGGUCUUUACUGCACAAAGGACAUUGAAGCUGGCGAAAUGGUGAUUGAAUACGCAGGCGAACUGAUACGUUCCACUUUAACCGAUAAGCGUGAACGCAACUACAAUAGUCGCGGCAUUGGCUGUUAUAUGUUCAAAAUUGACGACAAUUUGGUGGUGGAUGCUACCAUGCGCGGUAAUGCGGCACGCUUCAUAAAUCACUCGUGUGAGCCCAACUGCUACUCGAAAGUGGUGGAUAUACUCGGACAUAAACACAUCAUAAUAUUCGCUUUACGACGCAUUGUACAAGGCGAAGAGCUAACCUAUGAUUACAAAUUUCCCUUUGAGGAUGAGAAAAUACCCUGUUCCUGUGGUUCGAAGCGUUGCCGAAAGUACUUAAAUUAGAAAAAAAAAACGAAAGGAUCUAAUAAUUAUUAUAGUCAAAACCAAGUAAAUAUGGAAUAGUAAGAGGGGAAAGUAGAAUUUAAAUGUGUAUGGUUUGGCGGAGAGAAGAAUUAAAUGAAGCUUAACGGUACCAUGCUGUUUAAACUUAAGUAAAGUUUUAAAAGGACGACGCUUUUAAGCAUUAAGAUUUGUUUUAACCACACAAAGCAGCGUUGCAUUAAAAUGACACACACACAUGGGUACAUAUGUAAGUGCUUGCAUGCGUUUCGCAUAAGUGGUGGGCAACAGUAAACGUUUUUUGUUAAAUAAAACCUACUACUUUACCAUGCUAGUGAUAAGCGUUGAUGAUGGCAUUGACAUUUUUAGUGCGCAGCUGUGACUUUGGCGGACAAGUUUGAUCGAAUAUGUUGAUAUUAUUGAUAGAAUUGGAGACAUGUCAGUAUUCACUAAUAAUGAUUUUUGUUAAAAUAUAACUGAGCCACAUAAAGUUACACAUACAUAUAUGUAUACCCACACACACACACACACACACAAACAACACACAGAAAAACACAUGCAUACACAAAAGUAACGAAAAGUGAUUAUAAUGGAAAUUUAACUUACUUAGUUUUACUGAUUAACUAUUAAACUACCAUAUAUGUAUGUACAUAAAUACAUACUUAUUUACGUAUGUAUAUGUAUUAGUAAGAAAAGCGUAAGGAAUUUAAGUAUAAUGCUAUUAAAAACAAAACCUUUACCGGAUUAGUUGUGGUGAGCAGUAAGCAAAGAAUUAAAGCAGAUUUCUAUUAUGUCUACAAAACGUAUUUAUUACUAACUAAAA